CAAAAGAAACGAAAAAGAUUUUAAACUUGUAACAAAGUCUAUUCACCCCCCCCCCCUCUAGACUUUGUAUUUCACCACUUUGGGACCACCAGUUCGAUGGAACAAACUACUCGUAUUGGAAGGAGAGGAUGAGAAUCUUUAUCCAAUCCAACGACUACAAGCUGUGGUUGAUUGUGAAGAACGUCUGCGGAGUCCUUAUGAAGAAAGUCGGUGAAGUCAACGUCCCCAAAACAGAAGAGGAGUUCACCGACGAAGAUUGCAAAAAGAUGGAGCUCAACGCAAAGGCAAUAAACAUGAUUUAUUGCGGUGUUAAUGCGGAUGACUACCGCAAAAUCUCGCGGUGUGAAACCGCAAAACAAAUGUGGGAGAAAUUAGAGGUCACCUACGAAGGAACCGCUCAGGUUCGGGAGGCCAAAAUUGACCAUCUCACUCACGAGUAUGAACUCUUUUCAAUGAAAGAAAAUGAGAAGAUUGAGGAAAUGUUUGAGAGAUUCUCUAACAUCAUCAAUCCUCUCAAUCUUCUCGGGAAGACAUACACCGACCGAGAGCUCGUGAGAAAGGUGCUGCGAAGCCUAUCCCCCAAAUGGCGUUCAAAGGUGGAUGCAAUCGAAGAAGGUCGUGACUUCCAAACAACGACCUAUGAUGCUCUUCGAGGUAAUCUUAUUACCUAUGAAACCACACAACUCUCAAAGGUGGUUGAAGAAAGGAACAAGAGGUCUAUUGCUCUACCCGCAACAACAUCAACCCACAACAACUUUGAUGAUAUAGAUGAUGACAGCGACGACACCGACCUCGGACUCUUUGUCCGAAAAUUCAAGAAGAUGAUGCUCAAGAAGGGAGCUAAGAAGAACACUCCACCCAAAUGCUAUGGGUGUGGUGAAAUAGGACACAUCAAACCAAUGUGUCCAAAGCUCAAGAACGAGAAGGACAAGAGGGCACCGAAGAAGCAAUGUGCCUACAUUUCUUGGGAGAACGACGGCUCCGGGAGUGAAGACUCGGAAACGGAGGAAGUGGCCAACUUGUGUCUCAUGGCCAUUGAAGAUAGUGAUACAUCAAAAGAG